GGGGCCGGGGCUGGGGCCGGGGCUGGGGCUGGGGCCGGUCCGGAGGCGUCGCCCCGGGUCCCCCUGCAGGGGGCGGCCCCGCCGCGCCCGCCGGGCCGGGGCUGUGGGGCAGGACGGGGCCGCGCCGGUUCCUCAUUUCCCUCAGCGCUCCGCGCCGGCCCCGGGCGGCGAUGGACCACGAGCGCAGCAAGGCGCUGCUGCGGGAGCUGCAGAGGGCGAGCGGCACCGGCAACGACCGCUGCGCCGACUGCGGGCGGCCAGGUCCAGAGUGGGCUUCUUACAAACUUGGAAUACUCGUUUGUGUGAAUUGCUCUGGAAUCCAUCGCAAUCUUCCUGGCAUCACCAGAGUCAAAUCCCUUGUGCUGGACUUCUGGGAGAACGAUCUGAUAGAGUUUAUGAAGAGUCAUGGGAACCUCUGUGCCAAAGCUAAAUACGAGGCCAAAGUCCCUCCCUACUAUUACAUCCCCCACUCUGAUGACUGUGUGGUUUUAAGAGAGCAAUGGAUUAGAGCUAAAUAUGAGCGUGAGGAAUUUGUUGCCACCCGAGUCUGCCAAGAUCCUUGUUCUGCAGGGAACCGUGAAGGAUUCCUCUGGAAGCUUGGGCAGGGACGCAGACAAUUCCACAAGAGGAAAUUUCUCCUGUCAGCAAGGGAAGGGGUGAUGAAGUACUACGGCAAAGAAAGCACAGUUCCCAAGGCUGUUAUCAGCGUGGAGACUCUGAAUGCAAUGUUCCAGGAAUGGAAAAUAGGACAUUCCCACGGGCUGCAGAUCACCUACAGCACAGAUGGGCAAACAAGGAACCUGUUUGUCUAUCACGAAAGCGGAAAGGAGAUUGUUGACUGGUUCAACGCUAUUCGGGCAGCGCGUUACCAUUACCUCAGAACAGCCUUCCCAAAUGUCCCCGAGCACCAGCUCAUACCCAGGAUCACAAGAAAUUUUGUCAAAGAAGGAUAUAUGGAGAAAACAGGACCAAAAGGCUUGCUCAGUGACUACCUGCUUCCUGGGUCCAUAGAAGACAUUAUAUUCAAGCCUGCCAUGUUCUUUGGGAUCAUGUUUUAUUUUGUGUGGAAAAUGAGAUCAGGAAGAAGAAUCCUUGAAGAGUAAGCAAGAUGGAUUAGCUGGCAGUGGGACAUGCAAAGUGCUGUUGCACAACACUCUAUAGAUUGCUGUGUCUGCCAAGUGCAGCUCCUGCUAGAACAGAACAUCACAUGCUGACCCCCCCUACUUCUCUGUUUCACUUACAGUCACAUCUGCUUAGGGCAGCAAAGUGCCACUGAGAAAAUUUCUCCACACUGAAGCCAAUGGUUUGGUUUGGUUUAUUGUGGGAAAGUAUUUGGGCCAGUACUCCUUGGAAGAGGAGAGCAGGAUUUGGGGCACUGCUGAAGGAGGAGAUGAAGGUCUGAGGUCUUGUUUGAACACAGCCACUUCUUGCCUUGCUCUGCUUGGAGUGAGCCAUGAGCCAAAGUCCCAUUAUAAAGCUCAGGGGUGCAGUGCUGAUACUGAAUAUGCUGGGGUUUGGCCCAGCUUGUGCCUGUGCCCCAGGACCUCUUCUGCAGGUUCUUGCACAGAGUAUGAAAGGUUGUGUGUUUUUCUCCUGAGGCCUCAAUUCUGCCCAAACUGAAGUGAGCCCUAGAAGAGGCCUCUUCAGUUCAGCACAGAGCAGUGAAUAGCUCAGGAAUGGUCAGAUGAGUGUAGUGAAUGGAGUUAGUACUUACAGACAAACCCCAGUAUUGUGCACCCUGAAAUUCUAGGGGCACCCCCCUGACCAAACUGUUGAAGUUGAUUGUUCUCUGCAGAGCUUUCAAUGCAUUUCCUGCAACUUAAUCCUGUCAAUUUG